CGAUUGCAAUCGCGUUAGUUUAUAUUUAGCAAAAGUUGCGAAAACAACUAAAACAACCUCAAUCAAAAUGUGGAAGAAAGUGACGUUCGCUGCUGUCCUGGUGUCCCUUCUGGGCGUGCAGUUCGCAAGUUCGCUAAGCUGCUACAGUUGCAACAGUCCCUCAUCUUGCCGCAGUCCUUCGACACAGUCCUGUACUAAUGCCACUGCUAAUGCCAACAAGGACUUUCUGGCUACCUACCACAACAAUGUGCCCACCGUUAAUGGUAGCUUGACUUUUGCCUGCGCUAAUCUCACAUACUACUUCCAAUCAAACUACUCCACCACAUCUGAGUUCUUGGGUUGCGUGCAUCCCGGCACUAAUGUCUGCCAACUGACUUUGACGAAUGCCAAUUCUUGGUCGAGACGGUGCACCACUUGCACCACUGACUACUGCAAUCCUGCAGCAACCUUCAGUGGAAGUUUCUUUACCAUUGUGGGAUCAGCGAUUGCUUUGCUCCUGGCCAAGGCUCUUAAGUAUUAAAAGUCAAAUGCAGUAUUCAACGAUACUUUAAAUUUCUAUAAUUUAUUAAAUUGAUUAAAAUUUUAUCAAAUUGAAA